ACAAACAUGGCGAUAGACUCGAGUGAACUCGGGUUCACGCUAACUUUACUGGUCUUUUCUGGUGUUUUGGCGGCCAGCCGGGCCGAGGAGGCGGCGGCGGAGUCGAGAAGCGGGCCCCGGAUACUCGGCAUGCGGCUGGAGAAGAGCGACACGCCGGCGGGGACCACCGAGAGAGGGGUUAUCCAGGUGACCGAAGGCAGCGACAUCCUCUUCAGGUUCUACGGGCUCCACUUGCUCCCGAACACCUCGGCGCUCAUCAAGUUCACGGAACUUUACUCCAGCGACAAAGAGGACGACACCUUCGGCGCACUCAUGACCCCAGUCAACAGGACUUGUUCCGAACUCACGAAGGACAUAGAAGUGAAGGGCUCCAUGAUGGUGACCAACCAAAACACCUCCGGCGUGGUCAGCCUCCGGAUCAAGCAGCUCCGCAAGAGCGAGGCGGUCAAGGUGUUCGGCUUGUGCGUCCGCGACACGCAGGAGAAGGAGGAGACGUGGAACCUGAUGGACGACAAGGACGGCAGGGUGCGCGUGGUGGAGGUGGCGAAGUCGCUGCUGCCCACCUGGCUGCAGGUGAUCAUCAUCUGCUUCCUGCUGGUGCUGUCCGGCAUGUUCAGCGGGCUCAACCUCGGGCUGAUGGCGCUGGACCCGAUGGAGCUGCGCAUCGUGCAGAGCUGCGGUACCGAGAAGGAGAAGAAGUACGCGCGGAAGAUCGAGCCCAUCCGACGGAAGGGCAACUAUCUGCUGUGCUCGCUGCUCCUCGGGAACGUCCUGGUGAACACCACCCUCACCAUCCUGCUGGACGACCUCACCAAGUCCGGCAUCGGCGCCGUGAUCGCCUCCACGGUGGGCAUCGUGAUCUUCGGCGAGAUCGUGCCGCAGGCGCUGUGCUCGCGGCACGGUCUGGCGGUCGGGGCGAACACCAUCAUGGUCACCAAGUUGUUCAUGCUGCUGACUUUCCCCCUGUCGUGGCCCAUCAGCAAGCUCCUGGACUGCGUCCUGGGCCAGGAGAUCGGCACCGUGUACAACCGGGAGAAGCUGGUGGGCAUGCUGAAGGUGACCGAGCCGUACAACGACCUGGUGACGGAGGAGCUCAACAUGAUCCAGGGCGCGCUGGAGCUCCGCACCAAGACGGUGGAGACAGUCAUGACGCCGGUGGGCGACUGCUUCAUGAUCCACAGCGACGCCGUGCUGGACUUCAACACCAUGUCCGAGAUCAUGGAGAGCGGCUACACGAGGAUACCCGUGUACGAUCACGAGCGCUCCAACAUCGUGGACAUCCUGUACGUCAAGGACCUGGCCUUCGUGGACCCGGACGACUGCACCACGCUCAAGACCAUCACCAAGUUCUACAACCACCCGGUCCACUUCGUGUUCCACGACACCAAGCUGGACUCCAUGCUGGAGGAGUUCAAGAAAGGGAAAUCCCACCUGGCCAUCGUGCAGAAGGUGAACAACGAGGGGGAGGGAGAUCCCUUCUACGAGGUGUUGGGCUUGGUCACCCUGGAAGACGUCAUCGAGGAGAUCAUCAAAUCCGAGAUUCUGGAUGAGUCGGACCUUUACACUGAUAACCGCAACAGGAAAAAGGUGGUGCCCAAUAAGAAUAAGAGAGACUUCUCCGCCUUCAAAGGCGAGAGCGAAUCAAAAGUGAAGAUCUCUCCUCAGCUGCUGCUGGCCGCCCAUCGCUUCCUGGCUACAGAGGUGAGCUUGUUCAGCCCGUCUCAGAUCUCGGACAAGGUGCUGCUGCGAAUCCUGCGCCACCCCAACGUGAUCCAGGAGAUCAAGUUCAACGACGGCGACAAGCGCUCGCCCCAUCACUACGUCUACCAGAGGGGCAAGCCCGUCGACUACUUCGUUCUCAUCCUGCAGGGACGAGUGGAGGUCGAGGCCGGCAACGAGAACAUGAAGUUUGAGACCGGACCGUUCUCCUUCUAUGGUGUCAUGGCCAUCAGCGUUCCCACACUGGUGGCUGCACCUCGUCCUCGCCACCUCCCCUUUAAGAGGUUUUCUCUGUUUUCUCGGUUGCCAGAGUUUCGUACGCCGUCCCACCACGGCGAGUUGAACCGCACAGCGUCUCUGAGUGGCGCCGACCGGACAGACUCGCUCUCCGUCAGCGGCAGCAACAGCCAGCUCAACAGCAGCAUCCCGGCGCAGCAGUACACGCCCGACUUCUACGUCCGAGCGCUCACUGACCUGCAGUUCGCCAAGAUCACGCGGUCCCAGUACCAGAACGGCCUGAUGGCGUCCCGUCUGGACAGCACGCCCCAGUCCCCAGAGAGCGGCCACAACGUGCUCUGCCUGGAUCAAACCACUCCGCCCGCCACCGCCAACACCACCAUCACGGACCUGGGAGCCGACUCCACCCCGACGGAGAACGGGCCGGACGAGACGACGCUCCUCCUCCUCAACGAGCAGAACUUACCGCACACAGCCAACCACCACAGCCAGCUGGAAAACAGCAUCUGACCGCCACCACCACCACCACCACCACCACCAUACUCCACCGUUUGCACGCAUGCACUACUACGCUCGAAUGUAUGCUGAGGAGGGGAGCGGUGUUUAUGUGUGUGUGUGAGUAGGAAUGCAGACACACUGACGUAAAGAGACAAGCCAUGUGCAUGCAUAUUGUGUAAAUAUGCAAAGGAUUAAACACACAUUUUAUUGUGGGAACGUUUCCAUCGUAAAUACUCGCCACAAAAACCCAACACUCAUCUAUGGUAGUCCAUCGGCAGAAGUGUGUGUGUGUGUGUGUGUGUGUGUGUGUGUGUGUGUGUG